AUGCUUCUUCGUUGCCCUUUAAAGUCGCUACUACGACCUCCUAGACGUCUGUACGCUACUUCCGUCUUGCAAAAACUAAAUCCCCAUCCACAUAUUCCAGAACCUUUUGCAUACCCACAGUCGCAGCCAGAGAUCAAUGAUGACAUAUAUGUUGCGAUGAGUUCAGGCGUAGACUCCUCAGUCACGGCAGCUUUGCUCUCAAAAAUGCAUAAAAAUGUUUGUGGGGUAUACAUGGCCAACUGGUCUCAGCUGGCAAAGUGUACUGAGGGAGAAUGGUCCGAUGUGCAAAGAGUUUGUGACCACUUGCAAAUACCGUGCGAGAGAGUGAACUUUGAAAAGGAGUAUUGGGCUGAUGUAUUCACGCCGAUGCUUGAGAUGUAUGAAAAUGGGUUUACUCCAAAUCCGGACCUCGGUUGUAAUACCUAUAUCAAGUUUGGGAAGAUGAUCGAACAUUUGGCUGCAAGGUAUGAUGUCAACUCGAAGAAUUGGUGGCUUGCCACAGGGCAUUACGCAAGAGUGGAGAAAGCUUCAGCUAACAAGUAUAACUUGUUGAGGGCUUAUGAUGGCAAUAAGGAUCAGUCUUACUAUCUUGCAAAUAUACCAGGCAAGGUGCUACCGAGAAUACUUUUACCGUUGGGCCACUAUACAAAGCCGCAGGUUCGAAAAAUGGCCGCCGAGUUUGGGCUCCAUACUGCGCUGAAGGCAGAUUCUCAGGGCCUCUGUUUUGUAUCACCAGACCACACGAAGUUUAGGCACUUUUUAGACGAAUUCCUCCCUCCUAAGCCUGGAAAUAUUAUCACUGAGGAUGGUAAAGUCUGGGGAAAGCAUCAGGGUAUUUGGCAUGCAACUAUUGGACAACGACUGGGUGUUUCGAUGCCUCAGGGUAAUCCAAAAUACAGUGGUGUGUGGUUUGUCAGUGAAAAGAGAAUCGCCACUAAUGAAAUUGUCAUCGUGAAGGGAGGGCAAAAUGAGAAGUUGUUUCUGAAAUUACUUGAGGUAUCCAAUUGGGCAUGGAUUAACUGUGAUCCUCAGGAAGACUUAGAGGAAUUAACGCUACAAUUCAGAUCACUUCAAGACCCCGUGGAAGUUUCCCUGAUUUCUGUUGGAGAGAAAAGUGUCACCAUCGAGUUAAAGGACCCUCAGCGAGCAAUGGCUCCAGGUCAAAAUGCUGUUCUUUAUAAGGGCAACAAAGUGUUAGGUGCUGGGGUGCUAAUGAAAACAUUCCACUAG